GCGGGAAGUGACGCAUUGCAGCGGGAGGCGAGGAUUUGAAUGGAACCGGGAGGCAGCGGCAGGGACAGACGUCAGUAACGUGAGUUUCAGAUCCAUUCACCGUAACUAGAGAUUCCACUGACUAUUUGGCUGUAGAAAUAUCCACAGUAUGACAACCUUGGAAAAUGAGUUUCUCAGAGAGGAAGUCCAGAAGCUGAGGUCUGCGCUUAAACGAUAUGAAGAUAAAAAUUAUGGUGGACACAGUGUUGACCAGGAUGGUGAUUUUUUGAGAGAGGAUAAUAAUGCAACAUCUCGAAUGAAUGAAAGACGAAGUUUAGGUCUACAAAAUGAAGAAAUUGAUAAAUACCCAGAAGAGUUGAUAGAACAACUUCAUUUUUAUCAGGCUGAAAUGGGUAAGAUACGAUUGAAGAUUGAAAAUGUUACUAAGGAAAAUGAAAGGCUUCACGAGCAGCUAAAGGAAUCUUUAGAAAAGCAGCUGGAAUCUAUUCCUUCUGGUUUCACCACUGAAGCAUUUACUGAGCAAGAACUGAUUAAAAACCUACAAGAACAAUUGCAACUUGCAAAUCAAGAAAAAGAAGAUGCCUUAGAGCUGUGGCAAAAUGUUUCACAGGAAAUGGAUCGUUUGCAGCAGCAAUAUCAGGGUCACAUAACCCAGGCUCAUCUAAAUGUGGCAGAGAGACAAAAGCAACAGGAACAACUAGCUCAUCUUGAACAACUUAAUAAGCAACUCCUUGAAGCAAAAGAAAAAGCAGAAUUGACAAACCAACAGUUUCUGCACACUGUAAAUAAGCAGCAAUUGGAAAGAGAGCAACUUGGAAACCAAUUAAGGCAGGCAAAACAAGAGUCACGAAUAGCAACUGUGAAGCUAGAAGAAACUACUAAACUAAUAGAAAAUCUGCAGGAGCAGCUGCAAAGAAAGGAAGAAGAUGAGGUGGCUGCUAAGGCAAAGGAGGAAGCUUCAGAAAAACGAGUUCAGCAUAUUCAGUCUGCUUUCACACAGUUAGAAACCAGGCUAAAAGUAGCUGUCCAAGAUGUAGAAAAAUUUAAAGAUGAACGAAUUGCACUCGAAAAGCACAUUGGGGAAUUACAAGCAAAAUGUGCAGAAGUUGAAGAAGAGAAAUAUGAUGCUGUUUCCAGAGUCCGUGACAGUAUGCAAAUAUUAGAAGAAGCUAACCUACAAAAGGACCAGGCUCUGCUAAGAGAAAAGCAAAAGGAAGAGGAGAUUGAAAAUAUGAAAGAAGGCAUGAAUAAAAUAAUUCAAGAAGCUGCGGCAAGAACGCGGAAAGAGGUAGAGAAUACAAGAAAACUGUUUAAUGUGCAGAUUGCACGGUUGACUGAAGAACUUUCAGCUGCUCAGAUGGAAUGUGGAGAUAAACAGAGCCAGCUUGAACGUGCAAUGAGAGAGAGGCGUGCAGCAGAGGAAGAACUUGCAAAGGUCUAUCGUGACGGUCAACUAAAUGAAAAAGAUUAUAGAAAACAGGAGGAGCUCCACCAGCGAUUUCUAAAUGCUGAGCGUAUGAAAGAUGACCUCCAGAUAAGGCUGCAUGCUGCACAAAAUAAAAUUAAGCAAAUGGAGCUCAACUUUAGUGAGGAUUUGUCCCGAUGCCAUGAAACAAUGGAGAAGCUCAACAAGACUUUAGAAUCUGAAAGAGAGAGCAGUAAUUCUGUAAGUGAAGAAAGACUGAAACUUGUGCAGGAGAAUGAACAGUUACGAAAAGAAGUAGACGAAUGGCGGAAAACUGCUACAGAGGUGCAACAAAAGGUUAAAUUUCAGAUUAGCACACUAGAGCAUGAGUUUUCUGUGAAGGAGCAAGGAUUUGAAGUACAACUGCAAGAGAUGGAAGACAGCAAAAGAAAUUCUAUAAAUGAGCUGAGGAGGCUUCUGUUGGCUCAGCAAAAAGCAACCAACCAAUGGAAGGAGGAAGCAAGAAAAAUAACAGAGAGUACAGAGGCCAGGCUGGGGAAUCUGCGAACUGAAUUAAAGAGACAAAAACGGCACAGUGAAGAACUGCUGUCUCGGUUACACACAGCACAAGAACAAAAGGCAGAGUUUGAAAAUGUAAUAUUAGAAUAUCAGGAGAAAGCAAACAGACUACAAAAGCGGCUAGACCAAGCAGAAGAGCGGGCGCUAACAGCUUCUAAACAGCUCAAUCUCAUUGCAUCACAGAGAAGAACAGCAGCUCACAAAGUAGAUCUACAAAAUAUGUGAGAGUUCCCAAGAGCAGAUCCUCACCAAUUAUUUCCUACUUAAAUAACUACCAUUUUUUAAUGAGUUUUUUUGCAUAUAUGUAAUGUCACAUUUUUAUACUGAUUUCUUAAGUGCGAUAUAAGAUCCAGAAAAUAUGGGAAUGUUGUUAGCCUGGUGUUCUUUGGGUAAACUAUGGCCAAUGGUAUUUAUGUAUCCCUGUUGGGAAGUUUCUUCUAAAAUAAAAUUGCUUCCAAGCACA